AGCAAACGAAGAAGUAUGGCGGACCUACAAGAACGAAAAAUCAAAGAUGCUCAGAUGAGAGCUACCAUUAAUCAGAAGUUAGUGGAGACUGGUGAGAGAGAGAGGCUAAAGGAGUUGCUGAGAACUCGACUUAUCGAGUGUGGAUGGAGGGAAGAGCUCAAAGCAUAUUGCAAAGAAAUUGUUCAGCAGAAGGGAUUAGAACACAUCACGGUUGAUGACCUUGUCUCAGAAAUCACGCCAAAAGGACGAGCUCUUGUCCCAGAUAAUGUGAAGAAGGAAUUACUACAGCGGAUUCGCACGUUCCUCGCACAGCAGUCUUAACAUUUCACGUGUUUUCCAUCCAGACAUUUAUCUGCUGUGAUUUGUAUUUCUCUACAGACUAUAAACCAAUGACAUUUUCUAUCUCUUCCUAGAAAUCCUGAUGAGGCCAGCUUUUUUUUUUUUUUUUUUUCUUCUUUUUUUUAACUGUUUGCCAUUUGGCCAUCCUGUAGUAUAGAAUUGGUUGUUGUUACCUGACACCUCUUUACUAGUGAGUUGGUAGGCACGUUUUACCUGACACCUCUUUACUAGUGAGUUGGUAGGCACGUUUUACCUGACACCUCUUUACUAGUGAGUUGGUAGGCACGUUUCUUUUGUUUCAUACAUUUGGGGGGGGGUGGGGGGUGUACAUGGUGAAAGGUUAGGUUAUGUAUUCAUGAAAAGAGAAAGAUGGUUUUCUUUUAUCUUCUUUUUUUGUUAAAUGUAAUAAUUAUUUUGUUAUGGAAAAAUUAAAAUUAUAAAAAUUAAUGCGUUGGUGGGGUUACACAAUUUUUUUAAUAAAUCUUUUUUUAAAUCUAAAUG